UUCAAGCAACAAUAUCUACCCGUUCACAUGCUGUAGCGGGAACAUAAGAAGAAGAAGAAGAUAACUGGCUAUUAUAACAGAUCAAAUAUAUUAAAACAGUUUUAAAAAUUCUCAACUAACAGAUUUGGAUGUGACAGAAAUCGAGCGCAGUUAUUCUGCGCUCUAUAUAAUCAGCUGAAAAGAAGAAGAAUACAAUAGAAUACCAAAAUGAGGGACUACGAGGGAUCCAUUGCGUUCCUGGGGAUCUGGGGCUGGUACCAGGUGAAGGUCAUCUUCUUCCUCUGUACCCUCAGCUUUCCUGCUGGGUACAACAUCCUGUCUGUCAUCUUUCUGCUGGCCAUUCCCCCACACCAGUGCUACAUCCCAGCACACAGCAACCUGAGUCAGGACUGGAUCCAGGCUAGUAUCCCGAUACAGGGUCAAAAUCUGGAGAGAAGCAGUUGUAGCCGCUAUGAGAUGCACAUGAUGCAGAACUUGUCUGCACUCGGAAUAAAACCCAACCUUGCCCAGAUCCACAACGAUUCUGAAUUCGGAGCAAGUGCAGGGGUCAUGCUGUCCAACCUGAAGCAGGAGGAGUGCAAAGAUGGAUGGAUCUACAGCACAGAGCACUACAAGUUGACUGUAGUCACUGAGUUUAACCUGGUGUGCGACAACAAGUGGAAACAGCCAAUGUCCUCUCUCAUCUACUUCCUGGGAUCACUUUGUGGCUGUUUCCUCUCUGGACAGAUCUCUGACCGGUUUGGCAGGAAACCUGUUCUGUUCAGUUCCAUUUUCAUACUAAGUGUCUUCAACAUCGCUUUGAGUUUUGCUCAGUCCUGGGCUGUCUUCAAUGUGCUUUUCUUCAUGGUGGGCAUGGGUCAGGUCAGCAUUUGCAUAGUUCUUCUUGUACUUGGUUCUGAGCUCCUAGUUGAUGUUCCAAGAGUUCUCUUCAGCAGCCUUGCUUUGAGCUUUUUCUAUUCAGCUGGUAUGGUGGCAUUCCCUGGCACUGCCUACAUAGUCAGGAACUGGAGAUAUCUAUCAGUGUUAAUGGCUUUGCCUGGUCUGGCCUGUUUCCCCCUUUGGUGGCUGGUUCCAGAAUCUUCUCGCUGGCUAGUGUCCAAAGGCCGUUUUAAAGAAGCAGAACUCCUGCUAAGGUUUGCUGCUCUGGAGAACGGAGUGGAAUUUCCAUCUGACCUCUUUCGCUCAGCAAAAUCUCAACAGUCUGAACAGUCGCAGCAACCCGAACAACCUCAACAGCCUGAACAACCUCAGCAACCUGAACAACCUCAGCAACCUCAGCAACCUGAGGUUUCUGGUUACCUGGGUCUGCUGAGGAACACAACCACUCGAAGUAUCACACUCGUAGUGUGGUUUCUCUGGUUUUCUUUGAAUGUGAGCUACUUUGGAUUGUCAUUCAAUAUGACUACUCUCUAUGGCAACCCCUUUCUGAACUACGCCUUGCUAUCACUAAUGGAUAUCCCGGCACACUUGGUCAGCUGGUUUAGCGCAAAAUAUUUUCCUCGCCGCGUGUCCUUUAUUGUCUUCUCCCUGCUGGGGGCGCUGGCACUCUUCGUCAUCCAGAUCACUUUGCACAAGUAUCACAACAUCACCCUCACCCUGGUGCUGAUAGGUAAAUUUGGAGUCCUGGCUUCUGAAGGAAUCCUGCACCUGCUCACUGGAGAGCUGUCUCCCACAGUCAUCAGGAAUACGAUGUUGUCGUCUGCUGCCUUAUUCUCCAGAGUGGGGUCCUCUAUCACCCCAUACAUAUUGCAGCUGGCUGUGUUCUACGAGUUCCUGCCGUGGUUGACUGUAACAGUUUGA